AUGAUGUUGCAGAGAAUCCCCAAUAAAAGCAGAGAGAAAGAGACUGAGACUAGAACUGUAUCAGAGGGGUAUCACGCCGUCGGAAUGCUUUUACGCGCUAUCACACUGUCAGUAUUGGUCACCUUUCUGUUAGGGCUACAAAUUGUGGUCUUGGCAAUCAAUUGUCCAGAUAGUAAAGGAGGUCUGAGUAGUGCACAACGAACAGCAGUAUUAGAUUCUAUAAACGAUGUUCGACGAAAAGUGGCCAAAGGAAAUCCUCAAUUGCUGCAUCCGGAAGCUCCAACAGCAACGAAGAUGAACAAAUUGAAAUACAGCUGCGAUUACGAGAAGAAGGCUCAGAAGUUCACUGAAACCAAAAACGAUGGCAGUGGAGGAUGGAUCAGGCAUACAAGCCAAUUUCGGGGAAACCUCGAUCGAGAACUACCGAAAAUGUUCGAGGAAUAUGCUAUGAAAGUUGGUGUUGCCAAUAUAGCUCACGAUUCGGCAAAGUUAGUUGGUUGCGCCUACAAGAAGAACAAAAAUUCGACUUUAACGGUCCACUGCAACUUCGACAAAGGGAUGGAACUAUCACAAAACCAAACAACCUUUCGUGAAGACUGGUGUGUUGUGUUCGGAAUGCGCUCCCUCUUCAUGCGAAGAUGGUCUCUGCAAACCGUAACAAUAUUAUCAACGUCAUUUUUGUUUAAAUUUUAA